CCAACACGGAGGUGCAAAGUUACAUUUCCGCAUGUCAAUAAAAACAAGUUUCUAUAUUCAAGAACGAAGAGGAGCACAGGGUAAUGCGCACCUGUUUUCUGCACUGCCUUCAAGUUUACACGUAAAGCUCACUUGUCCUAGGUCACAUGAUCCCAGUCCCGGCAGGCAGACCGUCACCAGCGGUAAGGCGCUGCCUUCAAAUCCACCUCGGAGUUUUUUCAACCUUGAGAUUUUUUUUGUGGUUUAAAAUCAAGAAGCAGAGCAGACAGACGUGUACACAUGUUGCAGUUAGAGCAACAGUUUGACCUGCACACUGAUGUGGAGUCUGAAAUCUUCCGGAAGGAGGCGUCUGCCUGCAGGGUGACAGAAUACACCGGUGCAGUGGAUGCUCGUAUCCUGAACAUUGAGAGUGAUGGGGGCAUCCUGUACUCUUGGAAGGGAGCAACAGGGACCACCAGGAUUGGGAAAUACAACUCCAACACCAAACAGAACAAGCUCCUGUACUCGUUUGACAAGCAGGUGUGCGUCAGCAGCUGUUCCCUGAACAUGGAGGAGACGCUGUUGGCUGUCAGCUUGGCACAAAAUGCCCCAGCAGAAGAGCGCCUCAGACCAAUGUCAAAGUGUCUCACUCUCCUGAUUGAGAUCCAUCCCAUCAACAACACCAAAGUCCUCAAGGCGGUUGACUGCAGGGUCAAAGUGCAGUUCCUCCACCAGGACACUACCAGGAAGUCGGUGCUGGAGAGUCACCUGCUCCUGCUGACAGAAGAUGGAUAUGUGGAUCUGUACCAUGUUCUGCUGACCAAACAGGAGGGUUACAGAGUGGUGAUGGCGAAUCCCGAGCGCUUGGCCAAAACUGUGGAGAGAAUAGUGGAGGAUUUAAGUUGGGUCCAGUGGGACGGACACACACAAAGACUUUACUUUCUCACACGCAAGGACAAGUUCAUCAUGCGGUGCAUUCAGUUCUACUCGCAACACAGCUGCGAAACGGUGAUGGAGCUCCCGUUAGAUUUGCCUGCCAAUGCUUUCCCCACAGUCAAAUUUGUAAGCCUGGGCUUUGAUCAUUAUCAUGUGGAGAGACCAGAGGAGGAGCCCUUGCGCAUGAUAGUGUUCACAAACAGAAUAGAAAGGAGCAUGUGCAUCUGCUACAGCCAGCCUCUCCAAGACAAACAGGAAGUGCUAUACACUGUGGUUUUAGUCCACAAAGACUGCAGCAAGAUGUUCAAAGUUUCUCUGGGCGGUGAGCAGCCGCGGCAGGAAGUCGCACACCAUCAUCCGCUUUUCAUCCCGAUGGGUUACUACAUGCUGGUAUAUCUGCAGGGUCACUUCCUCCACUGUAUCAACACCAGGCAGGAGGAGAAACUCUGUCACUCCCUCUUCCUCUCCGGUCCCGAUGUGGACCUGGGCCUGCAGUGUCAGGCAGCUGAAGUCACAGUGUUGCAUUCAGAGGAAGAGUCAUGUGGGCGACUGCUGGACCUGGUCAGUGGGAAGAUCCACGCGGCUGAGCUCAGUUCUGCCUACCUGUUGCAGAUCCUGCGAUCAGAGACACCUUCGAGGUGUCGCAGUAGCAGCAGCAGCAGCAGCACUGUUCACCCUCAGCACCUGGCCGCCCUCCACUGCCUGCUGGUUUACAUGGGAAACGACCCAAGCCUGGAGCUGCAGAUUAUUGAAUGGCUGUGUGACAACGUGAUUGCCUUCGAGUCCUUCGAUCAGAUCCAGGAGUUCAUUCUAGCAUCUUUGUACAGAAUAAGCUACAACAAGUCUGUCAGCCUGGAUAAAGUCCUGCCUUACUCCUCUGUAUUCGACAUGAAGGACGUACCGGUGUGUUUGCUGGAAAUCCCUGGUGUCUUGUGUAGCACUGAGCUGCAUAUUAAGGCUGCGCUGAAAGGAAAGGGUUUCUGGACAGAGCUGCAGUGGAACACAGAGAGGACAAAAUAUCUGGAUGCUGUUCCCAACCCCAGAUACAGAACCUCACACAUAAAGGCUGACUGGGACAAACUGAGGUCUGAAAGGAAAGCGUCCAGCCACAUGAAUCACAUUGAGGAGAACACAAAGAAAGUUCUGUCGAUGGUGGAUACCUGGUGUCUCGAUAAGAAGCUGGUGCCACUUUUCCAGGAGGAGGACCAUCAACAGAGAGUGCUCAUAGGCCUGACGGUUGACAAGCUGCGAGAGCAUCUCAACAGGCACCUGCCUCGACUGGGAAAGAAGAAGACUGACUCACUGGUUGUCUGCUAUGUAGCCAAACUGCUGGAACUCAUCAGACACAUGCUGGAGUCAGUCUGGCUGAAGUAUGAACUCGGCCCUCGUGCUCUGUGCUUGAAACAGCAGGCCAGUUCAGCUGAAUGGUCCGUGUUUCACUUCAUGUUUCGGAUCCUGGAGGCCACGAGGGGGCUCUGUCUGCCAUUCCCACCUGGUUUCCACACGCUUGUGGCAGUGUUUGCUGUGCGCUGCCUCCCUCAUCACAUCUUCCUGCAGUACAUUGAUCACGGCUUCCUCCAGCUCACUGAAACAUUUUUGUCUCGGCUCAUGACGGAUUUGGACAACAGCGAUGCCAAUGAGAGACUCAAGUUCAGCAUACUGAAGAGACUACCUGAGCCCAUGGAGCAGAGGAUCUAUCAUAUGUGGGACCAUCCCGUCAGUUCAGCUUCAAUCUCCAGAGAGUACGUCAGGAGCCUGCUGGAGAAGCACGACAAAAACAAGGGAUUUGCAUUCACUGGCAGAGACAAGUCCAGCUUCAGACCGGAGUUUCUGCCUCUCUCCUACUUGGCAAAAGUACUCUCAGAUAUAGAAGAACAAGCCCUGAACCCUUUCGAGGAGCAGGAGAACGUGGACGCCAGCUUCGUGGAGGAGACGGCCCUGAAGCAGACGCUGAUCCUGCUGGGCUUCGAGGAGAAAUGAAGAAUGUGUGGAGGGAGGCGGGCGGGCGAACAGCGGAUGGAUUUAUCGCGGGGCAGAAAUGGAUGAGGACGCGAAAUGUGUUUGCGAGCACAGUCAUCAUUGACUGAGCCUUGAAGACAUAUGACGGAUGAGUGGACGGCGGAGGGCCAGAAGUAGAAAGAUGAAUAGUGGGAUUGAAAGGCAAGAGCGAUCAUAAACAGGCUUCUUGCUGGUUGAUGACAAAUUAGGGCGGAGCGGAGAGAUGGAUGGAUGGAUGGAUGGAUGGAGGGAGGAGCCUGAAGAGGAAGAAUAGAGUAUAGACAACAGAGCGUUUGUGGGUAAAUCCUGAGGCUUUGUAAGGACAGCGUGAAAACUACCAAAGAAUGAUAACACAGUCAACUAUUUACGUUGUUUUGGGAUAUAUCAAUUUUGGAGAACAUGCUCUUCGAUAUACUCAUUGAAAAUCAGCUUAUUCUUUUGAGUGAAUAUUCUCUCUCUCUCUCUCGCUCUCCUCUGCCCUCUCAACUUCUUCUCCGCCGCGCCUCGUACGAUUUAUGGACGUCGGCGUCAAAUCCUUUCAAACGGCUUUGCUCAUAAAUCGAGGUGCACUUGUUUUUUGUCCCGCCGUGCUUCCUGUAACGCGGCCGCAUCCAAUCAGCUUGAUUACACAGCGACAAAAGCCUGGACGUGGUCGGUCACUAAGUCAGUCAGUCACUGCGCGACUUUAAAUCCGAGAGGGGGUGAGGGGGGGUGACAGACGACCGCAGCGUGUGCGAUAUAUAAAAGGGAAAUACACCAAAUGUUUACUUUAUAUCACAUCUAAAUGAAGGGAUUAUGACAAGAGAGGCAGAUUCAGGGGCAUCUUUUGUGACAAGAGGUGGAUUUUCUUCCUGAAAUACUGUAUUUGCAGUUGUAUGGCUGUGCGGUUUGGCCAUAAUUCUAAACAUGUGAUCUUAAAAUUGACUUAUAAUAGCCAUAUUUCACUAGUAAAGGCCGUUACAGUAACUUUUAUAUUUCAGUGCAUGGUAAUAUUAUGCAAAUUCCAGCUUGUAAUAAUAAUAAUGUAAUGUUGUGGUAAUAAAGACAUAAUAUUACUGUUA